GACGAGCAGCUGAACCGCGUUAUUCAGAGCAAAUACGUGACAGGUCUGCUCAAGCCGUAUGGCUAUGUCAAGGGCUACGCACGAUUGUCAAGUUGGAUGGACCGCAAUGUUUCUCGGCAAUCAAAGCAGCACAUUCUUCAACCUUUGUCUGUGCUACGACCCAAGUUCCGAGCUGUUGCACAAUCUCUACGUUAUAUCGACCUUGUAUUCAUAGAAGAGGCCUUUGAGCGAUUACUUCUUGAUAACGACCGUAUCUUCUCAUCUAUGAGUGUUCCAGCGUGUCUCUGGCGCCGAACGGGCGAGAUCUAUAAAGGAAACCUCGAGUUUUCAGAACUUGUAGGCGUCGAUGGAUACAUGAUGCGAGACGGCCGCCUUUGCAUCUACGAGCUUAUGGCAGAAGAGUCAGCAGCCAAUUACUGGAAGAAAUACGGCCAUGUUGCCUGUGACUCCUCUCAGAAGGCGGUACUCACUUCUUGUGUGCUACGUUACAAACCUCUCAUCAAUACGCAGUCGCAAGCACAGAAAAAAGAGGAUAUCCCCAACGAGGAGGGCUUCGUCAACUGCUGUUUCUCAUUCACGAAUCACAGAUGCACGCGCGGUGGUGACGACUGA